AUGGCCAUCACUGUUGGUAUUGCCGGGUUCACUGGCAAGUUCGCCAAGCGACUUGUAUCUCAUCUACUUAAACGGCACAACGUUUCCAUUCGUGGAUACUGCCGUGAUCCCAGCAAGGCACCGGAGACAAUUUCCUCCUCGGCGCAAGUCACACUCUUCGAAGGUGAUGCGUUCAACAAAGAUGCGCUCACUGUAUUUGCCAAGGGUUGCGAUGUGAUCGUGUGUUGCUAUCUGGGAGAUGAUAAACUCAUGGUGGAUGGACAAAAGAUGUUGAUCGACGUUUGUGACGAGUGCGAAGUUCCUCGUUACAUUGCCAGUGAUUGGGCGUUGGACUACACCAAGCUUAAGCUAGGCGAGCUGUUCCCUAAAGACCCAAUGAUCCAUGUUAAGGCGUAUGCCGGAACAAAGAAGGUUCAGGGAGUUCACAUUCUCAUUGGAGGAUUCAUGAAGCCCAUCUUUAGCCCAUUCUUCAACAUCUACGACCCUCAAUCCCAGGCUCUACGCUUUUGGAGCUCAGGCGAUGAGAUAAUGGAAGGAACUACCUACAAUAAUGCUGCGGAGUUCACUGCGGCUGUUGCCGUUGAUCAGAAGGCGACAGGUAUUUUGAAAUGUAACUUUUUUCAAUAUCCCGAAUCCUCGGUGGCCGAACUACCAUCAAAGAACUCGCCUCUUCUUUUCGAAAAGGUCUACGGAAUCAAGCCCACUCUGGAAAGCAACGGAUCUCUUGAUGACUUGUACAAGCUCAUGCACGUCAAGCGGGAAAAGAUUCCCGAGGAUAUUUACAGUUACAUAUCGCUCUUCUUCUACUACUACUGGAUCAACGGUCAGACUCUUCUAGGCAAAGACCUGCACAACGAUCGAUAUGCGGAAGUUAAACCUGUCAGCUGGGCGAAUUUCAUGACUCAAUGGCCCCUGAAAGCGUUGCCCACUUCAUUUUUCGCGCUGAAUGCUUAG